AUGGCAAUGCCUAGGGCUUUCAAAUAUAACAUCGCGAUCGGCUCUUUAAGCUACGACUUAUUUACAGCUUUUAUUAUUGGAAUAUGUUUAGGGACGAUUCUUGUGGUUCUGCUCUCGUCGUCGGCGCUUUCGAGUGAACCAGGACCGCCCUCUUCGCCAAGUGAUGGUCAGAUCCCUUUGCCUCCAUCAUGUUCGUCUGACGCCAAUCCACCAUCUCCACCUUCACUGCCAUCUCCACCUUCUCCGCCAUCCUCACCGUCUCAAGGAUCUCCGCCACCUCCUGGACCACCCUCUUCGCCAAGCGAUGGUCAGCUCCCUUCACCUCCAUCACCUUCCUCUGGCGCAAACCCGCCAUCACCACCUUCCGGCUGCCUACAUCCUCCUGGAUCACCUUCUUCGCCAUCAUCUUCUUCUGGUGCUAGUCCGCCAUCACCACCUUCUCCACCUUCUCCAGGAUCACCGCCAUCUCCUCCAUCUCCAGUAUUACCUCCAUCUCCGGUAUUACCUCCAUCCCCGGUAUUACCUCCAUCCCCGGUAUUACCUCCAUCCCCGGUAUUACCUCCAUCCCCGGUAUUACCCCCAUCUCCAGUACUACCACCAUCACCACCCUCUGGGGAAGGUGGAGGCUCAGGAGGAAAUCUCUCAGUGAGUACUACCGCAACUGCUUUUACAACUGUUCCUUCCCCCACAGGGCCGGAUCCAAACUCUUUUCUUCUCGGCACUUUGCGCCCCAAGUGCAGCUCAGGGACAACUCAUACCGAUGACCUCAUAGGUCCCAAGUGGGAUGAACAAAUUCGUCUAUUGGCAGAGCGCUGCGAGGAUAAUGACAAGAUCACGUUGUACAGCUGUAAAAAUCGCUGCGGAGUGGAACAGAGAGAUGCUUCUGUACCAAUGGGAGCUAGAUAUUUACCUAGAUGUUUCUGUGAUAAACUCUGUGAUGACUUUGGUGACUGCUGUUUUGACUUUGACGCAUUGUGUCGAGCGCAUGUCAAUCCCCAGAAAAACCCUUUAACUUCGGAUCAUAUUUGCCUGGCUGUCAAACAAGGAAUUGGUCCAACGUACAUUGGUUACACAGCCUGGAAGGCGUGUCCACAGAAUUGGACAAAGAAAAGCGUGCGCCAAAAAUGUCAGGAAGAAGAUCAAAGUGACCUUUUAAGAAAUUUGCCAGUAUUCGACUUUGACAGUCUCACCACGUACAGAAAUAUAUUUUGUGCGAGAUGCAAUGGCGCUGUAAACACAGGAUACUGGACACUUCAACUCGAAUGUGACUGGUUUAAUGUGACGAACUUUAAUUUUACCAGUGAGAGGGUCUUUCUGAGCAAUUAUAACUGCUCCAUUAAAACAUCACCAAGAGACCAUCUGCUUAGUUUUUCAAAACGAUGCGUUCCUCGGUUUCAGGACUGCUACGGUAUCAGCCAAGAGAAAAACGAAUCUUACUGUCAGACUGAAUGUCUCAGAUACGCUUUCCCUGUCUGUUUUGAUACCGGACGAAUCCUAUUUAGAAAUCCACAGUGCGGAUUGUGCAAUGGUUUUGAUCCAAGUUAUCUCGAAUGCGAGUGUACUUCUGGAGGUAAACCAGGAACCCGUCCCCUUUCUAUCCUUUUCGAUUUUGGUUCCACAUCCAUGUCUGUUCAAGUAAAAGACAGUCAAGAGAGUGAGACGCUCUACGUUGAGCAAUUUUGGUCUUGUUCUUCCGAUGAAGUAUACGAUCCAUACACUGGAAGCUGCAAACCCAUUGUCUCAACCGGACGCGAUGAUCCUCGACGCAACGAAACCCAGACAGGGAUUCUAAACUGUACCUUUAUAUCAUUUAAUAAGACAGAUUACAUACAGCUUGCGAACGGUUCCGUCUACUUAAAACCCCACAACAAGACAUAUAGCAAUACUACAUACACAAUUCGUGACAACAGAUUACUGCUGUGUCUGAAUUUCUCAAGAAAUUUCACUAGAACGGAAAAGGGGCGAGGAAACGGCUACAAGAUAAGAACGACGCCAGCACCUCUCCAACUUCUUACUUUAAUCGGAUGUAUAGCGUCGAUUAUUUCUUUAAUUCUGCUGAUAAUUACUUACAUGUUAUUUGCUGAACUCCGCAACCUACCUGGGAAGAUCAUAAUCAACUUGGCGAUUUCUCUGUUGCUGUACCAAAGUGUCUUCUUUUCAGCGGUUAAACAUGAAGACCCAGACGUGUGUUUGGCAGUUGCAGUUCUUCUUCAUUUCUUUGUUCUGUCCUCCUUCACGUGGAUGAACGUUAUGGCUUAUGACGUGCAUCGGAUUUUUACUCCCUCAGGUAAUGGUGUUGCUGUAAACCGACAAGGAAGCUACAAGAAGCGCUUGAUGGCGUACUGUCUGUAUGCCUGGGGAACUCCUGCCUUUGUCGUUCUUCUAUGUGUCACGGUUGACCAUGUCAAAAAGGGUUCCGUGGGAUAUGGGGAAGGAGCAGACGAAUGUUUCAUAUCACAGCCUCAAGCGAUCCUUUAUGCCUUUGUUUUGCCUGUUGCACUGGUGAUGAUCUUCAAUCUCUUUGCUUUGGGACACAUUGUUAUUCAUAUCGUCAAGACUCGUAAGGAGACGCAGCAAGUAACCAGUCAGAGACAGGGUGGCAACGUAGCUGUGAUUGGUGUUAAAAUGGCUUCAGUGAUGGGUGUGACAUGGAUUCUUGGGAUUGCUGCAAACUUGAAAGCUUUAUCAUUCCUGUGGUACCCGUAUGUGGUUUUGAACAGUCUUCAAGGACUGUUUAUUUUCCUGUCAUUUGCCGUCAGUGGAAGAGCUCUUGAAUUGUACAAGAGUAAAGUGGCCGACAUCUUGAAGGAUCUGAGAACCAAAAGGGAAAACAACAAACAAAGCAGCUCUUCCUGUGACGCACAGUCUACAAAUAUCACAUCUACUGGCAAUCAUGCCACAUCUACCAGCAAUCUUGCCACAUCCACUGGCAAUCUUGCCACAUCUACUGGCAAUCAAGAUACGCGACAGAUUGAAGAUACAAGCUUGUAAAUUGUAAAUCAAAAUACACUCGUGUAAGCGUCGUAGACAUAUGUGAGUCAAAUCAGAUAUCAGUGUACAGUCGGCCUACUAUAUUUUUGUGCCGUAUUUCGAUGACGCUGAAGAGCUUGUGAGAAAUUUGAAUGCAUAACAUUUUUCCUAUGUGAAGUUAGCGUCUCACGGGGUAACGUGGUUACAAGCUGUUACAGUAGCAACGCCGGAAACAUGUACGGACUAAAGUUAAAACAGGACACACGAGUCUAGUGUUAUAAGACCGGAAAGUCACGUAGAAGGAUUUAAAACGUCCAAUUUGGUUGGAAACAAGUCCUUAAAAUUAAGUAGAUUCAAAACCAUACGAGUAAUCAAUCGGUGCCGGCUCUAAUCUAUUUCUAGCUUUUGUUUAUUUUUAUUUUUUCUAGUUUUCUAGAUUUUUCAGUUUGAUUUAGUCCCGGGAAUAAGCCGGCACUCGUGGUAGGCUCUGUUAAAUUUAAAUGAAAAUAACGUAAUCAGGCUCGGCUUGAAUAGUUGUCCAUGGGAGUUAGUGUUUCGGAAGAGCUGCCAAUGAUGGUUGCGAUUUCAAACUUACCGUUAUUCUAGAUGUCCUUUCCAGGUCUUGUCAAUGAGCACUAAUGAUUAGCCCCAAGGGAAACAGUGAGUUUUGUUUCCCUGAGACCCUCAGUGUUCCCCGAGGCGAAGCGUGGAUAUAUGUAAGAAGAUUGUUGUACCUCCCAACUCAAAAGUAGAAAACAACUGCGAAGAAAUCGUUUGCUUUAA